GACCUCUGCUCCAGUAUCAACAAGGAAACGACGCCCAGACUGCUUGUCCCAAACGAAUAGGAGGCUGUGUUGGUGGCCAUCCGUCGUAGCCAUCAGCGGCGGCAUCGACAGGCCUCCGCACCCCACCUCUGAUGGUAGAAACACAGCUGGUCAUUAGUGCCGUUGUCUGUGUUUCUGGGGUGUGGUCGCUCGGCUGCUGGGACUGGUUUAGGUAGGCGUUGGGCACGCGGUCUGGCAAUUUGGCCAACAGACAAACUGCUCUCGCGUUUGGCUAUCCACAGGACACCUGCCCGAGUGGCUACCUCAGGUGGGUUGCUGAAGUCGGCGUCGGCCAACAGCAGGUGAAUGUCGUCGGGCAGCUGUUUGAGGAAGGCCUGCUCGAACAUCAGGCAGGGCUUGUGUCCCUCAGCCAAGGCCAGCAUCUCGUUCAUCAGGGCCGAUGGAGAUCUGUCCCCCAGGCUGUCGAGAUGAAGCAGGCGGGCGGCACGCUCACGAUGGGAGAGGCUGAAGUAAUUAUCUGGUACUACUUUUAUUUCAAGUUGGAUUCAAUGCCCAUCCACAAUGAAGGUUCUCAGAGAUCCCCUCUUCUUAGACGUCUUUCCCGGAACACUCCUUUCUGGAGGAUGAUCACUGACAGUAAACCCAUUCAAGCCUCCUGUCAGAAUGACUAUGAGUGUAGCACAAAAACUUGCAGGGACGGGCAGUGUACACAUUCUAAAUAUGUCUCCUGAGGAAACAUUGUCCUUGUAGAUGUCCAUCAAGAUGAAAUGUAUUCGGGAAAUUAAAUCAGGUGCUGGUCAAGAAUGAAGCCUAUCACCACAAGUCUUAUCUACUCUCCUUUCUUCCUUCACGUUUAUUCCGUAAAUAUAAACUUUGGGCCAGAUCUUCCUUACCUGGACUAACUGCCUGAAAUUACCACUGCAGUUUCCCCAUGCUUCGACUUACCUAUAUCAGAAUAUGGAAGGCCAACUUUGCUCGUUUGAAACACUUUGGAGCAGUUCAGUGAGGCCUUCAGCAAUAUGGGGCUCAACAAUGAAAGAGAGUUGUUACGUUGGAUGUCCAGGAUCACGUACAACCCCAGAAAUGACUGAAAGGCUAGGACACUGUCUCCAAAGCUAGCCUGAAAAGCUGAGCUGUAGCAGGAGAUAAGGGAAGUUUAAAAGUGUUCUGAGAAAUUUGGAGUUGAUGCACAAGUAAAGGUUAAGUCAAUAACUUUAAAUUAUUUUUUUGAAACUUCAGUACAUUGUUAUAAAGUUUUAAAAACAUUAAGUUAAAGAAAUUUCUCAUUUUGGUUUUUGAUCAUAAUAUUUAUGUGAUAUUGUAAUCAAAAAUGCUUAUUUCAAUACCUACAUUAAGCUGUAAAUAAAUACAUUUCAACUGUGCUCUUUUGUAAAAUCUUUGACCCAUGUUUAAUAUUUCUGUUUCCAUA